AUGGCCGACGCAGCAAAAGAGGACGAGACUGUCGUGGUCGCAAUUGCGCCAUCAUCGGCUCCUCUAGUACUGCAGUACAAGAUGUUCGAGCAGUUGCUCGGCGACAUCUGGGGUUGCGCAAAAGGAGCCGGAGUGCUGUCCCUUGGAGUGUGGCCUCUGCGCUUCUUUCAGAAACUCAACGAGGAGUUCAAUGACUUUGAUGAAUUGUCUUUUGGAAUACCUUCACAGUCACUCCAACACCUAUCUGUGACCAGUUCGGACGAUCUAGGCCUCAUCGAGUGGUGGGGCGAUCCAACGGAUACGCACAGCGUUCUGAUCUGUUGUAUGGACUGGCUCAUCGACACCGAGCUCAGACUAGAAUAUCCAGCUGGAGGCAUAUGGUCCACCUCAGCAUGCAUCGAGGUCAAAGACCUGAGACCAGAAUCGAUGCUGGUACAAAUGCCCUCUGCAGCAUCACAAAUACCAAUACUGAAGAGACCGGACAGUUGUUGGCCACGAAUGAUUAAAGACUACGACGAAAAACGAGUCAAAGUCAACACUGUCCUCGAGGUCGCAUGGAGCACAGAAACUGUAGAAGACUUAGAACGAGAGCUAGCUCUCUGGAACGGCAGUGGCAGAAAUGCGAUUGUUUUCAAGGUCUGGUGGAAGAAUCGGGAAGGCGACGAGGCUGCUCUCAAGGAAGAGCUUCCGCCGGACACAGAUGAUAUAGAGCCAUGGGUGAGGCAUGCCUCCAUCCUUUUCAUAACGCAAGGUGCACAAGAUUCUUGCAGGAAGGUCUGGAGAGUGGGUCAGCCUGCCGAGGACAUUUCGCUUCGGGACCCGGAGCGGAUCAGAGAGAUGCGGGGACCACUGGCAGCCUUGCCAAAGGAAUGGUUCGGGGUCAUGCCCACACCAGACGAGCCGGCAACUUGCUUUCCGAUCUUGCUCGAGACGCUUCUGGAGGCGCUCUCAGGUGUAAAGUUCCGCAGCUGA